AGAAACUGCUAAAACAGCUCCCCGCCACCGUCACUCUCCAUUGUUCUACCUCUCAGAUCCUCACUCUUCAAGCGCCAAAGCCUCUGUGGAAGCUUGAUUUCCAACGGCAAGAUCAUUGAUCAUUGCGGAUGAAUCCGUGGCAAUUUUGCAUGGUUAAGUUCUGCUGAUCUGUUUGCCCACUGCCAUUUGUGUUUUGUUUCCUCUCAUUGUGAUUGAUCCGAUUAUCGGCACAGAAAGUUUGUUAAGAUUGGUUUUUAAUUGGUUUCUUAAGCUCGAAUCUGGCCUUGAGAGUUCAGUUUUCGUACUCCUGAUGGAAUGGGAGUUCUUAUCUGCAGUUGAUUUGUGUUCAUUUCUUGUUUGAAUGUUGUUGAUUGAUUUUGUAAUUUGAUUCUGCGACGAAUGAUUUGUGGAUAGUUCUCGUCUUCCUCCUUCUGGCUCAAAGUUUUAGAGAUUUACUUGACAUCGGCUUCACACUGUUCUGUGUUUUUUAAUGCACGAAGAUGCCGUCGAUCUUGCACCAAAGACCCAUUCAUAACCCACUUGCAAACUCAUACCCACUUUCUCCUCGUUCUUCCUCGAGUUCUGAGAGAUCCUUUUCCAUAUUCAGUCCUUUAAAUCUGCUUGCUCUGCUUUCUCUUAUUGUGAUUCUCGGGGUCUUCUUACCUUGGAUGAAUAUACAAGAGAGUAUUUUCUCAAGCUCCAAGAUCUCGAACGAUAAAUGGCGAGAAUACUCAUUGGCUGAAGCUGCGUCGUUCGUCGCUAGGAACGGGACUGUGAUUGUUUGCGCUGUGAGCCAACCCUACUUGCCGUUUCUUAAUAAUUGGUUGAUUAGUGUUACUCGGCAGAAGCACCACGAGAAAGUUCUUGUUAUUGCAGAGGACUAUGCAACGCUCUAUAAGGUGAAUGAACGAUGGCCGGGGCAUGCAGUGCUCGUCCCACCAGCUCCUGAUGCUCAAACGGCUCAUAAAUUUGGUUCUCAGGGAUUCUUCAACUUCACGUCCCGAAGACCACGACACCUACUACACAUUUUGGAGCUUGGUUAUAAUGUUAUGUACAAUGAUGUUGAUAUGGUAUGGCUGGCUGAUCCAUUUCCUUAUCUGCAAGGGAAACAUGAUGUGUACUUCACAGAUGACAUGGCUGCGGUAAAACCUUUGCACCACUCUCAUGAUUUGCCACCUCCAGGGAAAAAGGGCCGCACUUACAUAUGCAGCUGCAUGAUUUUCUUACGCCCCACCAAUGGAGCAAAACGGAUCAUGAAGAAGUGGAUUGAUGAACUUAAAGCUCAGCCAUGGUCCAAAGCAAAGAAAUCAAAUGAUCAACCUGCUUUCAACUGGGCACUGAAUAAAACCGCCGGAGAGGUGGAUCUAUACCUGCUGCCGCAGACAGCAUUCCCAACAGGUGGACUAUACUUCAAGAACCAGUCGUGGGUACAGGAAACCAAGGGAAUGCAUGUUAUAAUACAUAACAAUUAUAUCACAGGUUUUGAAAAGAAGAUUAAGCGUUUCCGAGAUUUCAACCUGUGGUAUGUGGAUGAUCAUACUCUCGAAUCCCCCCUUGGUCGAAUAUGAGAACUUCAUAGGUGUCAUCACAAUUCUUCCUUCAAUUAAAGGUAGAAGGAUAUAGCAACGAUGAAGGAAAACGGGCAUCGAUGACGGAGGAGGGAGAAAGAAAAUUCUGAAUAUUGAAGUUGAGAUUUUCUAUUUGGUCUCGGAAUGGAAAAUGUAGGAAAUUCUUGAAAUUUUGGUAGUUGUAUUCAAUUCUUGGGAAUAAUUCUUCUAAAUUCUGUAAGGUUAAUUUGUAUAACUCAUGAACUAGAUGAAUGCAACUUGAAUCUUAUUAGCAGAGGCAUCUCUUACUCU